AUGACUCUUAAUGACGAUAAUGAUAAAUGGGAAGUAGUAGUAAAUAAAAAUAAACAAAAACAAAUCAUUCAUCAAUUAUUAACGAUUCCAACGAAGUUAAAUGAUGAAACAAUUGAGACAAUUCCAUAUGAUGUAUGUAAUGCACAUUUAGAAUUUAAUCAAGCUAUUGUAGAACAUUCACAAUAUAUACAAUUAGAAGAUUAUUAUAUAUUAAAACAUGCUAUUAUUAUUGCAAUGAUAACAACAUGUGUAUCAAAAUAUUUUGAUGUUAUACAAAAACUUGUAAUUAUGGAUGUUCAAGGAGCACCUCAACAACAUCCUCCACCACCUCAACAACAACAUCCAGUACCACCACAUCAGCUCCAACGUCGUCGUCAUCAUGGAGAAGGAGAUCGACGUUGA